CACACACACACACACACACGCAGCCAUGUCGCACCCUCACAGCACCCUCACUCAAACCCGUCUGGAGAAGACCUGGGUACCGUGGAUGCAGAACCGGCUGAGUAAACGUCGAGGAUCGUCGGUUCCCCAGUUCACCAACUCCCCCACCAUGAUUGUGAUGGUGGGGCUGCCGGCCCGGGGUAAAACGUACAUCUCAAAAAAGCUCACCAGAUACCUCAACUGGAUCGGGGUCACCACCAAAGUGUUCAACGUCGGUCAGUACCGCAGAGACGCAACGCGGUCCUACAACAGCUUCGAGUUCUUCAGACCCGACAACGCGGAGGCCAUGAAGAUACGCAAGGCGUGUGCCAUGGCGGCGCUUAAAGACGUGUGCGACUACUUCACCAUAGAGCAGGGCCAGGUGGUGGUUUUCGAUGCCACCAACACCACACCAGAGCGCAGGGAGCUCAUCUUCAGCUUUGCAAAGGAGAACGGCUACAAGGUUUUCUUUGUGGAGUCCAUCUGUGACGAUCUUCAGAUCAUUGCUGAGAAUAUUAAACAAGUGAAGCUGAGCAGUCCCGACUAUGUCAACUGCGACAAAGACGAGGUCGUGGCCGACUUCCUGAAGAGGAUCGACUGUUACAAGCAGACUUACGUGGCGCUGGACGACGACAAGGACAGGAACUUGUCCUACAUCAAGAUCUUCAACGUGGGCAGCAGGUAUUUGGUGAACCGGGUCCAGGACCACAUCCAGAGCAGGAUCGUCUACUACCUCAUGAACAUCCACGUCACGCCGCGCUCCAUCUACCUGUGUCGCCAUGGCGAGAGCGAGCUCAACCUGGUGGGUCGCAUCGGAGGAGACUCGGGGCUAUCGGCUCGCGGCGCCAAGUUUGCCAGCGCUUUGGGAGCGUACCUGCAGAAGCAGUGCAUCAGCGAGCUGAAGGUGUGGACCAGCCACAUGAAGAGGACCAUCCAGACUGCGGAAGCUCUGGGGGUUCAGUACGAGCAGUGGAAAGCUCUCAAUGAGAUCGAUGCUGGGGUCUGCGAGGACAUGACCUAUGAGGAGAUCCAGGAGAAUUAUCCCGAAGAGUUUGCACUGAGAGACCAGGACAAGUACCGCUACCGCUACCCUAAAGGAGAGUCUUACGAGGACCUGGUCCAGCGCUUGGAGCCGGUCAUCAUGGAGCUGGAGAGGCAGGAGAACGUCUUGGUCGUCUGUCACCAGGCGGUGAUGAGAUGCCUGCUGGCGUACUUCCUGGACAAAAGUGCAAACGAGCUGCCCUACCUCAAGUGUCCUCUUCACACCGUCCUGAAACUCACACCAGUGGCUUACGGGUGCAAAGUGGAGUCGGUCUUCCUGAACAUCGAGGCUGUGAACACGCAUCGAGACAAGCCGGUGAACGUGGAUGUGGACAGAGAAUCGGAAGAGGCCCUGGAGACGGUCCCAGAACACAUCUAGAUGGACAAGAACACCAAAGACGAGCCAGUUUUGACAGGCGCCUGGUUCUUUUGUCUAAAACUACAUUGAUCUAAUGAGACCAUGUCAAGACCUCUGCCUUUACAAAGAUAAUAACACUCAAGAGAGAUACUUAUGUAACCAGCGACCAGGUAUAAUUUGCCGUUAUGGCCUACAAAAACAGAGUCGUACAAAAACUGAAGCAAUUUUUCCCAUCAAAAAUAUGAAUUCAAAAAACGUAAUAUAUUAUAGAGCGGUGAUACUCAACCUUUUUGACCUCAGGGACCAACUUUUCCAGUACAAAGGGGACCAGGGCCUACUCGAAUGUUAACACUGAACUAGAUGAGGUGUGAAUGCUCCAAUGCUGAAGUUGAACUGAAAUACUGACAGAAUGUAGUAUGAAUGUUGGAAUGGUUUGAAUGUUGAAGAGUUUGAAUUUCCAGGAAAAAUAGAAUUUGGUUUGGAACUUGGGAAAGUGUUAGUUUGAAUGUCCAGGAUGAGUGGAAUAUGUUGAUGUUGGAAUGGUUUGAAUCGGUUAAAAAAUGUGGGAAUUGUGGAAGUUUAAAAAAUGGACAAUUAAUUUUGAAUGGGGAAAAUGUCCCUCAAAACUGGGAAUUCUAGGAAAUCUGGGAUUUUGUUUUUAAAUUGUUGAAGGAGAGCACAAAAUUUUGAAAUGGCUGAAUAUUUUGAAGUUGGAACGGUUUGAAUCGGAUAGAAAAUGUGUGAGUUGUGGAACUUUGAAAAAUGUCCCAUUCAUUUCAACGGGAAUUUUCAUGGAAAUUUGGGAAUUUCUGGAAAAGCAGGAAUUUUUUGAGAAACUGUUAAAUGAAUAGCAUGAAAUGGUUGGUGUUUGAAUUUUUUUUAAAUCGGUUGAGAAAUUUUAAAGUAGUAACAUUUUUAAUUGGGAAAAUGGCAUUAAGGAAUUCCAGGAAUACUGGGGGGAGGAGUAGUCGACAGAAUUAAGGGUUUGAAAAAAAUAAAGGAAUUCUGGGAAUUCCUGGAAUUUUUUUGAACUUGGAAAAAUUAUAGUUUGAAUGUCCAGGAUGUGGAAUAUGUAGAAGGUGGAAUGGUUUAAAUCGGUUGAAAAAUGUGGAAGUUUGAAAAAUUAAUAAUUUAUUUUGAAUGGGAAAAAAUGUCCCGGAAAAAACCUGGAAAUCUGGGAAUUUUUUGUAUUUGUCAAGGGAAAGCCCGCGAUUCCCGAAUAGGCUGAACAAUUUGAAGUUGGAACGAUUUGAAUCGGAUGAAAAAUGUGGAACUUUGAAAAAUGUCCCAUUCAUUUCAAUAAGAAUUUCAUGGAAAUUUGGGGAAAAGCGGGAAUUUUUGGAAAAUGUUAAAAGACUUAAAGGUUCUGAAUGACAUGAAAUGGUUGGUGUUGGAAUUUAUUUUAUUUCUUUUAAUUGUAUUUUAUUUUUAUUUAAAUCGGUCGAGAAAUGUUGUAGUAGUAACAUUUUUAAUUGAGAAAAUGGUAUUAAGUAAUUCUGGGAAUAUCGAGAAUUAUCGUUUUUUUUGUCCUGAUUAAGAGGAAUAUUUGAACGGUGGAACGGUUGGAAAAUGUGGAAGGAGUAGUCGACAGAAAAAAGGUUUGGAAAAAAAGGGAAUUCCUGCAAUUUAUUUGAACUUGAAAAAAUGAUAGUUUUAAUUUACAGGAUGAGUGGAUUAUGUUAAAGGUGGAAUUGUUUGAAUCAGUUGAAAAAUGUGGAAAUGGUGGAAGUUUAAAAAAAUUGAUAAUUUAUUUUGAAUGGGAAAAAAUGUCCUGGAAAUCUGGGAUUUUUUUUAAUUUGUCAAGGGAAAGCCUGCGAUUCCCAAAAAGGCUGAACAGUUUGAAGUUGCAACGGUUUGAAUCAGGUGAAAAAUGUGGAAGAUAGAGCAUGCCAAAAUUUGGAGGAGAAGAAGUAGAAUAAUAAUUGGAUGAAUUUUGGUGUAGAAAACCAUAUGAGUGAAUGUUUGGAGCAUUCACACAAAUUAGUCAUUUUAAUUGUAUUGAAUAAUUAUAUUUAACCUACUUAGUUUAAAACCUUGUCAAAUGAUAUUAAAGAAUAUGUUGAUCACAAAGAUUAUUUAACACAAACCUUAGGCCAGACUGAUUAUUAAAAUAAGUACUAGUCAAAUAUACUGCAUAAAAAAGGACUUGUAAAUAUGAAGGUAAAUACAUUUACAUAGAAAAUGUUUUGCCAAAACAAAUUAAAAUAUGUUUAAACUGUCAAUAAAACGAAAGUACAAAUGAAAAUACACCUUCUUCACUUUAGUCAUAAUUUUUGCACUUAAGAAACCUCUUUGACUUUAACUCCAGACUUCUUGUUUGUUAGAGAUUGUCAUUACUGCCACAAGUGGUGGAAAAGUGUAUUACAACAGAGUACCAGCUGAGAAACUCAUUUUUUUACGGUUAACACUGUUAUUGAUAAUAGUUUUGACAGGGAAGGGGGAGCCACAAGUUAUUUAUUGAUAUCCAAUGGUGUUUCUCACCUUUAUCAAAGUGCUUAUUUUUGCGGUCAUAUUUAUUGGGGGAGGGGGGGUAAAAAACAGACUAAGUCGCCAACCCUUGGGAUUUUUUGGGCCCCCGAUUCCGCUGAAUGACAUGCAGGCAAACGCACUAGUUUGUUGAGUGAAACGUUCGGCGAUAACGGUGAUUGUAAAUCAGAGCAAGAUUUUGGAAUAAAUUAGCUCCGCUUCUUCCUACUCCUUUUCGGACCGGUGUUUUGCACAUGAUGUUCAAUGUUACUUUUGGGCAUGUUGCAAACUAAAACACUAUAAACGCAGCUGUACGAACGAAUACACAUCUGACACUGAUUAUUAUAUUUGUAAAGGCAGAACUUCUGAUGCUGGCUCUCAUGCGAGCCUGAUAAAGUGCAGUCACAGGUGCUAAAAAAGGUAUAUAAAUGACCUUUACGUGAAUAUUCAAAGAUGCACUUUAUAAAUGCUCAGGGAUUAAGUGACCUAAAAAGAAGACAUUUCACACACCUGCAUGAAAAUCCUCAUUUAGUUGCUCCCAGAUAAUUUAUGUAAUCGAUCCAGAGGCGGGGCAUCAGUUACCAUGGUGACGCUGCAGUCCUGGCCCCGCUUAAAUCGCGUGACCUGUUUGAUGCUUUAGUCUGCUUCGCUAAUUCUGGAGGAGAACACACAGCAAUAAAAGCACAAUAAGAUGCGGUCACAUGACCCAAUGCAGGAAAUGGAUGCUGCUUUUUAGACUGUUUAACGUUGGAAGUCGUGACGGUAACCAAAUCUGAGCCAUAAUCACACCGACCAUCCUGAGACUCCACCAUGUGCCUGAGGGUAAAAAAAAAGGAAAAGACGUAGCAAAGUCUAUGCAAUGUACAGUCUAGGACACAGGUGUCAAACUCAAGGUCAGGGGGCCAGAUCUGGCCCACCACAUCAUUUUAUUUGGCUCUCGAAAGCCUGGAAAUAAUAUGCGUCAAUAAAGUACUUUGUUUUCUUACUAAAUAUUAUUUUUUUCCAUUUUGAGAGCAAAAACACAUGUACGGUACUCAAUGCAAUCGCAUAUUUUUUUAAACAUAAAUAUCAUUUAACAAAUAUAUGAUCAUACAUUCAAUGUUUUUGUUGAACAAGAAAUAUAUACUUUUUAUCUGCUAGACUUAUGAUUUCAAAGCAAGAUAUUCAUCAAAUUGUCACAUUUAAUAAAUAGAUUUUACAGCGACUUUAUGAAAUUUACUAUGGUUUUACAGCAUUUUACUGUACGUGAAAAAACAGUACCACUGUUAUUUGACCAUAAAAUGCUGGAAACUGAGCGGCCAGUUUUUAACUGUAAAAAAGGGUGGUACUGUUUUGCUAUUCACAAUACUACACGGUAAAAUCUACAGUUGUCGUUUUUAACAGUAAAAUCCAUCUAAGUUGCCACAAUUUCACUGAAAAAAUGCAGUUUUAUAUUUACAGUAAAAAACACUUUUGUACCGUAAAAAACAUUGGUACUGUUUUUUCCAUUUACAGUAACAUGCUGGAAAAAAACUAUUUUAAAUUAUUCUAAAUUUUGUGACUGACUUGUCAGUUUUUUACUGUAUAAUCUAAAAAAAAUGUUUUAGAUUGUACAUAGACAAAUCAUCAAAUGCAUAGGCAAUUGUGUAAUAAUAUCACUCAAUUAAAACGAGUUUGACACCCUUGGUCUUUUUGCGGUGCAAUAACAAGCCUUUUAGUGAAGUGUUGUGUUCAGCCUUGUAGUGAAACCUAUUUUCCUCAGAUCUCUCGUUUGCUUUGCUACAUUUGAAACGUGUACAAACUGGGGAAAAAAAAAGGUCCAACGCGAUGAACAUGUCGGUGCAACCAUUCAGCACUUUUUAUUCUCCCACCAAGACAUCUGAUGAAAGGAUAUAAAAACAUAUAAAAAGAAUAAAUAAUGUAUGCUGUUCAGUGUUUCCAACCAAAGUAUGUGACACAUGUACGUGGAAUUUUGUCCUCACUGUGAGAAAAAACAUGUAGCCUCCAAUAAAAGA